GGAACACAAAAGUGCACCGUCUGGAUACGCUGUACUCAUCAUUUCUAGUGUGAUUCUCAAUCUGCUUUAAUUUGAUCUAGCCCAGCGAUCUGCACUGUGCUGUACUUUACAGCAUACAAUCAUCCCCAUGUCAGUCACAGCCGCAAUCCCUGCGGCGGCAGCUCCACUGCCAGGUUUCGGCAAGUCUUCGCUCAUCUGCCCCAGCUGCGGAGCAUCCAUAUCGCACAUUUCCAAUCAUCAUCAUCGCAAUGAAGACAACAACGACAAUCAGCAAAGCAAUGAUGACACUAUCACCACAGCUCAGCAGCAAAGGGUUGAGGACCUCGAGACUCAGGUCCGCUUUCUCAGCACCAAAGCCGCUCUUGCAGAGAACAAGCUCACCGAAUACGAAGAAGAACUCCGUCGACUGAAAGCCCAUCGCGUUGUCGACGGGACGACGUCGGGAGUGACGGCAGCAGGAUCAACCUCUUCAGCUUCCGCCAGCGACAUAAGCGGCACCGAUAACACAAGCAUUACAUCCCUCAACGGCGCAACUCCAUCAUCAGCAUCCAAGUCUCUUCCACUACUCCAAACCAACCCGUUGCCUGCAAAACAUAGCCGUCUCCCGUCCUUUUUCUCUGGCCGAAGCACAUCCUCGGAAAACAGCAAACAUUCCACCACCGCCUCGGACACGAGCGAGCUACAGGCCGCCUUGGCGCGUGAGCAAGCACUACGUCAAAAAGCAGAAAAGAUGCUGGCGGAUACAAAUGGCGAAUUGGAGGAACUGUCAGCGCAGCUCUUUCAGCAGGCCAAUGAAAUGGUUGCUACGGAACGAAAGGCCCGUGCGAAACUGGAGGAGCGAGUGGCAGUGCUCGAACGUCGAGAUGAGGAUAAGCGGAAACGACUGGAAUUGCUGGAGGGCGCAGUCAAUCGCAUUGAAAGGGUCCGGAACUUAUUGGCAGGGUCAUGAGCGGACAAGUGACGGUGCUGAAUAUGUCAUUUCAAACAGUCCCAGAUCAUAAAUUGA